AAACGGCAUUGCACAAGAGCGCCCUUGCCUGCCACUUGGAGACCAUGUCGGCGCUGCUCAGGAAGGGUGCGAAUGCGUUGAUGCAAGAUGUGGAUGGUCGCACGGCGCUUCACCUGUGCACAGCCUCUUCUCAGCUGGCUGCAUUGGGAUGCACCUGUCUGCUCCUGGAUACUGAGCCGUCCUUAAUAAGCUGGCAAGAUUACCAAGGCUGCACUCCUCUUCACCUUGCUGUGGCAUCAGGCACCCUGGCGGUCAUUGAUUUACUGACUCAGCGAAGCAGUGGGGAGGUGAAUGCACUUGAUGACCUCUUCCGGACACCACUGCAUUGGGCGGCAAUUUUAGGACGUCUAGAAGUGUGCAAGCUACUGCUUGAGCGCUCUGCAGACGGGUCCCUGACUGACCGGGCAGGGGCAACACCUUUGCACUACGCCUGCUCCUCCUCAUCUGAGCGGGCGGGCAUGCUGGUCGCGCUGUUGCUGUCGCAUAACCACGGGGCCGAACAUCUGGGCGUGGCUUUGCAGAGCGCUGCCCUUUCUGGCAACAUGGCAGCGGUGCGUGCCCUGCACUGCUAUGAAAUGCACCCAGAAGCUACAGAGGCAGCGCUACAAGCGGCGGCUGGCAGAGGCCACCUGGAGGUGCUUCAGUGGCUGCUGGAUCAGGGCGGCGCCCCUGAGCCGUCGCGUCAGCUGAGCCCCUUGAUGGGGGCCGCCUGUGGGGGACACACCAGCUGUGUGAUCGCCCUGCUGGAUGUCGGCACUCAUGGCGUUGACGCGGGUGGCCGGAAUGCCUUGCACUGGGCUGCAAUUGGUGAACAAGCAGCGAUUUGCGGCCUGCUGAUUCAGCGUGGAUGCCGUGUGGAUGCACCUGACAACGAGGGGCGUACAACACUGCACUAUGCCAGUAGCCGGGGUUCGACCGAUUGCACGAGGGUCUUGCUUCAAGCGCACGCCAACCCGAACCUCACUGAUGCACAGGGUCGGACGGCGUUGCACUGGGCAGCGUGUUGCGGUAGUUUGGCCGUGGCUGAGCUGCUGUGUGCGAAUGGAGCCCUGCUGUCUGUGCCAGACCUCACUCAACAAAGGAGGACAGCCCUGGACGAAGCAAUCAGGCACGAGGAACUCUACCGGUGGCUGCGUGCACGAGGCGCCGUGGGUGCACAGGAGAUACGCCACGCAGCGACCAUCGCCAUUCAGAACUGGUUCCGGAAAUGGAGAAAGCAAAGGAGUCUAGCAGUCACGGGACCGGACAGCUCCACACCGCAUCGGAACGGACAAGAAUCUGCUCGUGUGGACAUCAUGCCAAACAUGGGAACCGCGGCGCUCAUCAUUCAGUCAGCAUGGCGAAGGGCGGCUAUGCGGUGGCGAGUGGCCGGAGCUGUGGCGGGCGCAGACGAACAAGCCUGGGGACGGGCUCUCGCCCACUUGCAGCUGUUAUUCACCGACAUGUCGCCAUAGGGAUUUCCUCGAUUGCUUCCUCAAGAGGGAACGGCUCGAACUUUUCGUUAAUUUAUUUUCCUUAAUCGCAGAAAGACUACAAAGCUCUGUUCGCAAUCGACAGUGCAAUGGUGCCUGCGCUUGCGGUGAUUAUAAAAUGUACCACUUCAUAGCUAUAGAAAAAAAGAA